ACGAAUGGGCUAUGCUGAAGCUGAUGGCGCACACUUCGAAACCUGCGGGCGAAGAUAUGUUGUCUCAAAAGCGGCGAUGAACGCGUCUUCAGCUGCUGUGUUUUGCUGCUCAAAAAUAAUGGAUUUGGCCGCCGUAGAAACCGAAAAUGAAAUGAACUGUUUGUUCUCCGUGUUGACAAAGCGGUCAUUAGAUAAAAUACAAAUGUGGACAUCAGGCGACUCAGAGCCGUGCGAAAAUUCAUUUGCUUGGUGCUCAAGCCAAGAAAUGGUCGACCAGGAAGUGCUAAAGUGGAGUGCGCCGUCAGAGGAUGGGAAAAAGAGCAAAAUUUUGGUAUCAGUUGGAGCCAAAUCUUUGGAAUUCCGCCCUGAAAGCGAUAAGGUGUACAAAAGGGUUCUAUGCGAGAGUGCCCUAAAGAAUAAUUGCAAGGAUUCACGAUGUUUCCAAUACAAAUGUUCGUUUGAGAAAGAUUAUAUGCAACUUAUGGCGAAAGGAAAAAGAGAUAUUGGAGAAAAAGAUCGCAGACGGUUUAGUGGAUGCGGAAUGGCUAUGAUUGGUGUAUGUAUUGCAGUAUUCAAGUACUCCUUCCACGGCAGUUACAAAGUGUGCUGCUCCAAUAACAGCAGACUUCUGUCCAUUGAGACGAAAGAAAAGAGUGAUUGUUUGCAGGACUUGUUCAGAAUUAAUAACGUGCCUCCAAACCGGUAUUGGAUCGGAGGCGCCUCUCUGGGCUGCCCGAGUGUCAACCGAUGGUGCAACGGCAAGGACGAACCCCUCAUUGGGGGUGGCCACGUGACCUGGGCGAAGGACGAACCGUCCAAUGAUUCAGAAAAAGAAUGCGUGUAUGCGGACUAUGAUAACGUCACCUCAAAGUUUACCCUGGGAAAAAUAAACUGCAAAACGUCAUUGCUAUUCAUAUGCGAGCAGGAAUUUAGAAAGUGACAACAACAGAGGAACACAAGAGAAGCCUAAUAAUGACUUUUAUCCAGGUGUAAAUUAAAAUAUAAGAUAAAA